AUGUCUGGUGUUGAAUGUGGGUCUGAAUGUACAUUUCCUAAGUUCCUCAUAAGUGCUAUGGACGAGGAGACCGGACUUUUGAAACCCUGGAAAACCAAAACGCACUGGUUCCAAAUCAGUACCAACCCCCAAAUACAACAACUCAGUGAAAUUUACGUCACGGGCUCUGACAUGUGGCAGAUCCGACAAGAAUUCUAUAGGACAUGUGAAUCAAAGUCCAGGCGACUCUCCAAUAAAAUUACGUCGUCAGAAAGAUGUGGCGAGAAAACGUUGUCCUACAACCGGACGUGUCUUACCGUGGACUCGGCAAACGAAACCGCCGGUCUCUACACGUACCGACUGCUGGAACAGCACGUCACAGGAACAAAAUAUGUCUGCAUGUCAUUCCAGCGACGAAGUGAGGGCGUUGUUACAGUAAGGAAAGGUCCAAUCAACGGGAGAAAUGUUCCUAGGUUGUGUGACAACGACAAAAUGGUGUUCGACGAAUGGCCCUGGAUUGCCACUUGGAAACCAUCGGCGUACACUUGUCCUAUUUCUGGUGGGUUUUCACUGAGGGUCAUAAGUGGGCUUACAAUGAAGGAUACAUGCGAAAAUGAAUGGAGGAACUCUUCUGUUGAAGUAGAGUGUAGCAAGGGUGGUGGUAUAGUCUUUAUUGCGCCAGUGAAGAGUGAAUGCAAUCCAUUUUCAAAGACCAGUUCUGUAACGACUCUACAUUGUUGGGCUGGUUGGAAGCAGAGGAAUUUUACAUACAUGAUAGUAUCAGCCCAAAAAGAAGCUGAUUACCACAACGAACCACAAUUCUGCAUUCGCUUUCCCAAUACUCUUUCUGAGAAUUUUGAGGCAUUCGUGUAUGUCAGUGUUAUAUGCCCUACAGACAGGGAUGGGCUUGCACCACCUGGUAUCAACUAUUUUAAGCUUAAAAUGAGGAAAAUAAACAACGCAGUAUGUCAAGAUGACAACGAAGUAGAAUGCAGCAAGUUAAAAGAUUCCGGAAUGUGUGACCAUCCUAAAACAGGAUUUUAUCGACAUUGUCUAAAGACCUGUGGAGAAUGUGAUGAAAAUUCAGCUUCACGGAAGACGUGUUCAUUCAGUUCAAAAUUGUAUGGAAAAUGGAAGCUAAUUGAGCGAAACCGAUUUGAGAAAGUUGUCAUAAACUCCUCUCAUGUCGAUUUUUCUGAGAUGGGGGCGUUCCAGUGUUAUCAAAGGACCCCAGACGAGCACCAGUAUACGGUCACCACAGCUUAUAAUAACGGAUGCUCCAAUAGGUACUCAUGCAUCGAAUUAGAAAGACUUGGCAACAAUAUUCUUCGAUACAGAAUUGGUCCUAGUGUUCGAGAGAACCAACCAUACGAGUCUCUGUGUCAGUUUAGGGACGACGAAUACCCCCUACUGGAUACUUACCGCAGUAGUGCUAGGAAAACACUUAUAUAUGAUGAUGGUUUACUGUUUGGAUCAUACUGUGGGUUUGAAGGACGGUUUAUGUUUAAUGGUACCUAUGGUGGACGGCAGUGUUUAGGAAUGAUCUCAGAUGUAGAUCCCAAAACAUGUAACACAGUGACCACUCUAACAGUCCACGGCAAAGAUUGUCAGGGAAUCAAUGAAGCCAAACAAUACCAGUGUUUGCAAUACAUUUACAACACAAGUUCGUUGUUUGAAAAGUAUCUUAUAACAAAAUCAAAAGAUGAAGCAGAGGAAUACAACUGUUGGGUUAAAUACAGUACUUUUGAAUACAAAUACGAUUUUCCUCAGCAAGUGAUCUACAAAAUGCCCACCCCACAGUGUGGAAUGUUCACAAAUGUCCUAGCUCAUCACGACAGACAAGCAGAUGCAGAACUGUUUUUAAAAGUAAAAGAGCCAUGUCAAACGAGAUCUAAUGUAAAAAAUCAACCCACUGUCAACUCAAGUCCGUCUACUGUACCAUACCAGCCUGACAGCCUAGGAGCAGUGGUUCCGAUUCCUCAGACUGUCGACAGUUAUUAUAGCAUAGCAUCUCGGUUCACACAAUGCACACAUCUCUACUUGGUCUUAGUUUUCUGUUCUCUUGGACAAGCAUUGCGUCAAGUUCUCAGGUGACAAAACGCCAUCAGGAUCAUAAAAAAACUAAUUUAACUUAAUAUGGCAUUCAACUUGGUACUCCAAUUUCAUUUCAGCUAAAAUUUGUUCGCGAUGGCAAAGUACAAGGUUUACCUGAUGUCACGCAAAAAAAAAAAAAAAAAAAAAAAAAAAAAAAAAAAAAAAAAGAUCAAAGGAGCAUCAUUUUGAUAUAUGCUAUUUGUACUCGACUUCCCGAUCUAAAUGCUAAUUUAAGUCAACAUAAAGAAGCAAUGAUCUGGAAUUUUAUAACUAUUUGUAUCAUUUUUCUCAAAUAUCGCUUCCUCUUGGGCAAACUUCGAUAACCCGGAUAUUGCAAUUCUGUCAGAUCCGGUUUCAUUGACAUCUGUGCCAAUACUUUGAUACUGCUUCAAAAAACAUUCUUUGAGGAUGCUAAAAUGAAGGGAUGAACUUUCAUUGUAAAUCCUAAAUCACGUCAUCUAGCAAAAAGUUACGAAGAAAAACCGGAUGUUUUGCAUCGACCUAUAUUAUGCAAUCGAUACCAUUUUUCUUUUUAUGUAUAUAUUAAUGGUGAUAAUUAUCAUCACGUUUGUUUGAAUGUGCAACUGCCAUGUUUUGUUCUGAAAUACCAUUUUCACAAACAGAUAAAUAAAAAUAAAUUAUGUA